ACUACAACGAAACCGUGUAACAUUAACCUCAUGAAUUUGCCACGGAAAGACUUCAAUCAAUAACACUGUGUUUAGGGAACAGGUGUUCUGUGCGUCGUCAGUAAUAUGAAGGGUCUGCAGGAUAUAGGAAAAAUCCUGUUUUCUGCGCAUUUCAGCAACGCAUCCUGUGAGGGUUUCCAAAUAAGUCAAUAACACUAUUCCGUGUUUAUCAAGCAAGUGUGAGGGUCAAUCCAGCUCAGGAUAAUCUGAAAUUUAUUACAUUAUGCUGUAAUCCUAUACACGGUUUAAUUUUCUCCGCAGAACAAUAUAAUUUCGGACGAUGCCCAUCGAAAAUUCAGUUACGGUUUCCCCUCUCAGGCAAUCACUGGCUACCGGAGAUCCCAGUGGAUCAUUUUCCUUCGAUGCCGAAUGGCAAAAACGAGCCGAGGAAGAAUUAAAUGAGACUCCAGAGAAUGUGAAACAGGAACUUUUUGCGUUGCGUCAAAUGGUAAAAAAUGACACCAACUUAAAUGUCCCCGAAGGCGAUUCUUUCCUUCUGCGUUUCCUACGGGCAAGGAAAUUUGACGGCAAGAAGGCCUUUCACAUGAUGCAAAGGUAUUAUCUUAUGAAGUUAAAAUGUCCUGAACUAUUCGCCUGUCCAUUACCUUCUGAAAACGCCAAGGUUUUUGAUCUACAAGCUCAAAAUAUGUUACAAGAAAGGGACCAACUUGGAAGGCGGGUUUACAUAAUUAGAAUGGAUUAUUUUGACUCCAACAUCGUCACUAUAGACGAUAUAUUCCGAACCAACAUCCUAGCUCUUGAACAAAUCGUUCGAGAGCCGGAAACUCAAAUCGCCGGAAUUGUUCUAAUCUUAGACAUGGCAGGUUUAAGCCUACAACACGCUAAAUUUUUUACUCCUUAUUACGCUAAAAAAAUGGUGGAUUUGGUGCAAGAAACCUUUCCUCUCAGGUUCAAGGGCUUCCACAUUGUCAAUGAACCUUUCUACUUUGAUGCUGUGAUGGCUGUGCUUAAGCCUUUUCUCAAAGAAAAAAUUAGAAAAAGGAUAUUUUUACACGGUAGUGAUAUUAGUGCUCUUCAUGGUUUCAUUUCCAAUGAUAUUCUGCCAGCAGAGUAUGGUGGAAGUGGAAGUAGUUUUGAUAAUAAAGCUUGGUAUAUGCAGCUACUUGCAGAAGAAGCAUAUUUUAAGAACUUAGAAACAUUUGGGUACAAGGUCAACGACGAUGUCACCCAAGACGAAUAAAUAUCAAAAAUUGAUAACGAUGGCAGUGAUGCAAUAAUAAUCUUUUUGUAUUGGGGUUAUACUGAGAGUUUGUGCCCAGAUAAAUUAUAUUGUAAGAAGUGCUAUUAGAUAGCCCACUAGCUUUCUGGGGCUAGAACUUUCGCUAUAAUCCUAGAAAUAGAGUAUUAUAAUAAUAAUGAUAUGUAUUUAUUUUGUUAAAGCUUGCGUACUUGUUACUACAGUUGUUAAGCUUAAAGAGAAAAUAUAGUGAUGAAAAAUGUUAAUCAGAUAUUGUUUGUGGCAGCAAAUAUCAGUUUUAAUA